AUGAGUGGUGGUUUAACCUACUUCAAGGAAGAUUUUCCUGUCUAUUCUGAUUUGAUAUCGACUAUUAAUGAUCAAUUGCAAUCUAUUGAUAAUCUGCAUGUUAUCACAUGUACAACUGAAAAUAAAAACAACAUUGCUUAAUAUUUAAGAGCGAAAAAUGCUACAAUGGCUAAAUACUUGAUUCAUUUAAAUAUGUACCUAUUACAUAAACUCAAUUAUGGAAAUCUAGAGGAGUUUCCUGUUGAUUAGUUAAUAGAAGAUAAAAUUUUAAUACAGAAAAUAAUUCAAGCUUAAAAAAAAUUAUAAUAUUCCAUUGAUAAAUUAUCAAAGUAUUAAGAAACUUAGAUAAAUGAGGACGAUUAAGUUGUGGAUUAAGUUGAAAAAUUAACUUUAAAACCUAGAAUAGAGAAUCUUCAUAAAGAUGAAACUAAUGAUAAAAUCAAUAAUCCAAAUUAAAAGUAUGUGCCACCAAAACUUGCAGCCACACUUUCAAAAAGUGAUUUAAAUAAGUAAAAGCAAGAGAGAAGGGAGGAACUUAGAAAAACACAACGAAAAGCUAAUUUAAUUAAGAGUAUUUUGGAUGAAUAAGAAACUGAUAAACCAAAAGAAAUGACAGAAAGAGACUUAUAAUAAUUAUAUUAUGGAAGGGCUGAAGAUGAAAAGUAAAUGGAAAAGAGAAAAUAUGAAGAAGAUCAUAUGACAAGAUUGCCAACGACAAGGGAUGAGAAACGAAGGGAAAGAAUUGCUGAAAGAAAAGCCAAUGUGACAAGACUGGAUGACUUCUAAGAAUUUGAGACCAUAAAUAAAGUGCUCAAUAAAGGAACAAAGAAGAUAAAGAAACCACAAGGAUCCAAACUUAAAGGAAGCAUGAAAAAAAUUGUAAAAAGAAAAAGAAGAUGA